UCUUUGUUCGCAAAGAACUAAGUGGCCUAUCUUUCGUAACGUAGACGAUCUUCGGUAGAGCUAGCCGGCUAACUAAUAGCUCAAACAGACGCCAUUAGUUGGGUACCAACCAGGCAUUCGCAUAGAGGUAAACGGGGAGUUAGCUCGCUGUUUAGACCCAGUUCCCUCACACCUACUGGUCAGUAUUAUAAAAGUCAUAUUUGCUUAUGCUGUCGAGGUGUGUUUGUCCUGAUUUUAGCUGUUUUUCUAAAGUCGGAAGCUGAUGUGAGCUACGCAGGACUUCAGUUCCGACGGGGUUAGCAUUAGCAGCGCUAGCUUGAUAACGCUUGUUUUGAUUAAAACGAGGACUUCUUUAUUAGACUGCCAGUUAUGGCGGCAGGGGGGGCGGGCAGCAAAACCUACUCGUUCAAGGUAGUGUUGCUGGGAGAAGGAUGUGUGGGGAAGACGUCGCUGGUGCUGCGAUACUGCGAAAACAAAUUCAACGACAAACACAUCACAACUCUACAGGCGUCAUUCCUCACAAAGAAACUCAACAUCACAGGGAAGAGAGUCAACCUGGCCAUUUGGGACACAGCAGGUCAGGAGCGUUUUCAUGCUUUAGGUCCCAUCUACUACAGAGACUCCAAUGGAGCUAUUCUAGUGUACGACAUUACAGACGAAGACUCCUUUCAGAAGGUGAAGAAUUGGGUGAAAGAGCUGAGGAAAAUGUUGGGGAACGAGAUUUGUUUAUGUAUAGUAGGUAAUAAAAUCGAUUUGGACAAAGACAGACACGUUGCAGUGGAGGACGCCGAGAGCUAUGCGGAGUCGGUGGGAGCCAAACACUACCACACAUCAGCCAAGUUAAAUAAAGGCAUCGAGGAGCUCUUCCUGGAUCUCUGUAAAAGGAUGAUGGAAACGGCUCAGGCUGAGGAGAGGUUGAAGGGCAACGGAGCGAGCCAAUCAGCAUCGAGUAGGCGGGGCGUACAGAUUGUCGACGACGAACCACAGGCCACGCCCGCCGGAGGGUGCUGCUCUUCUGGCUAACACACACACAAACACACUCAUACAUGGUUGCAGACAUAAUAUUCACACACACAUUUACUCGUGUCUGUCGUCCAGUUGUUCAGCGCUAAAAUCCUAAAAUAAUCCGAGUUUUUGUUUUUUGCCGUCGUGGCUGCUAAGGAUCGUGGGAAAUCAUAUUUAAACUGUUUUAUUCAUUGUUCCCUUCAAAAUAAAAGUAGCUUAUGCUGAAACUGAGUUUGCUCUCAGCCAUUUGAAUUUGACAAACAUCACACUGUCAGUCUUUAACUGAAGCAGUGAAUAAAAACACAGAAGACUAAGAGUGGUUGGACACAAGUGGUGGCUCAGACUUCAGCAAAGACAUAUUUUUGUUUUUGUGGGAUAAAACACAACAUCCUGACACGCAAACACGCACACACUGUACAAACUUCCAUUAAUCGCAUUUCUCUAAAAAUACAAGUUUCCUGCUUUCGGAGCGUCAGGAGCAGCAGGCAGUUUGUGGUCAAACAGCACCACCUACUGGAUGGAAGCCAAACUGCAGGAAAAAUAAAAUCUUUAAAGGGCACAUUUACACUUUUUCAGGUCUAUCUAAAUACACUCACAAUGACUGAUGAGUACCAUCCCGACUCUGAGCUGUCAGCCACGUUUCAUGGGCUUCCUCGGUGCUCGUCAUGUUGUGGUGUUGAAGCUAAACCAGCUGAGCUGUCGCGAUGACACGCUGGACUUCAUCUGCAGAGGAAGACCCUGACAGGAUGCGCAUUAAAUCCACUUGAUUUUGAGUGUCCUGAUAAAACUUUUAAUCUCGAGGACGAUCGCAAAAACAAAGUGGAAACAAAAUGUCUGAAUUUUGUGCCAAAAAGACUUCCUGUUUGAUUUUGACUGUUGGCGCCUCACAGCAGCUCCAGAUGUCUUAAUUAUCUGGAAGGUUAAUAAACAACGACCAAAAACAAGGAAAAGCAGCAGCUCGUCACGCGAGAAACUGGAACAUGCUGACCGAUCAGUCGUUUUCACUUCACUGGUUUAGAUUUGUCUGCACCUUGUCAAAAUAAAAUGUAAUUUGGAAACAUGAACGAACAAAUUAGCAUCCAAACUUGGCUGGGAUAUUCAUCAGAUUGAUUAUUUUCAGUUGUUUUAGUCUGUUAAAUGUCAGAAAAUUGUGAAAAACUGACCAAUUGCUUCACUCACAGAAAUAUGAAAGAGAGAAAAAGAAACCAGUAAGAGUUUCAUAAUCGAUUAAUCAUCAAGACAUUAAUCACCAGGUCUCUGUCGAUUGACUAAUCGAUUUAAUUGAUUAAUUUUUCUGCUCCGUGGCUGUUGAUCCAGAUUUUUUGGUCUGUAAAUGAAACCACUCUUCCAGGUUUGUUGUUAAUUUAUUCUUUCUUUAUUCCUGAAUUUGACUUAACAAGCACCUCAGUUUGUCAGAAGAAGAAACACGAGCGUGUGUGUGUUGCAGUUUGACAGAAACGUUCAGCACAAUCGGCUGCAGCAGCUUUAAUGGCACUGAAUCCACUCAAGUCUCUGAGUUGUUUGUUUUGUCUUUGAAACCCAAAAUGUUUGACGUACAAACAAAGAAAAGAGAAAAGCAGCAACAGAAGUUUUCACUUUCAAGUCCUAAAGGAAAUAAAGGCUUCCUGGGUGUGUGCAGCUGCUCCUUCAUCAUCCUCUUCCUCCACACACACACACACACACACACACACACACACACACACACACUCUCCUGGACAGCAAAGUAAUACUGUGCAUGUUUGAUUUCUGUAAACAGCUUUGUUUGUUUUUCUUUUCAAAGAAAUGGUGAAUAAAAAAACUGAAAAGUGAUAAUUUAAUAAGUUCGAUGGAAAUCUGUACGUGAACAACAUUCAUCUGUACUCAUACUGUGUACUUGUACUGUUGUUUUCCACCGGGUCUGUAGCUCCAUCAGUCUCUCUGCUCACUGAAUAAACUACGGGACGUUU